CACAACCUAUAGAAACACCGUUGCAGUGGAGUUAUAACCAUUACCAAAAGCAUUACAUAACUCAAGUGCAGUGUGGGGAAACACUGCAAGCUUUAGAAAAUGCCUCCAGAGGGGAAAUCUGACAUGGAGCGGGUUGGGCUCUUUAAAGAAAUGGGCUACAUCUCCAUAGGGGACAAAUAUACACCUUUCAUUUACCGGCCAUUUAAUGAAUCUGCACACAAGAACAAACAGAUGUUAUCCGGAGGACCAAAAACGAGGUGUGCGCUGCAGACGGGCUACUUCGAUGCACAGUUUAAGCGGAUCUUUGAGCGCGAGGCAUUUACAGACCCUGUCAAAAUAGAGAGACAAUACAGGAUACAACAGGCCAAAAGAAACUUAGGCAAAGUCUUUCUGCCCAGUAAUGGAGAGAAAAAAAAAGCUGGAGUGGGCAGCUAUUACGGAACUUUCGGAGGUCCCAUUCAAGCAAUGAGUGCCCUGCAGAUUUCAAGGAAACCAUACAAAUCACCUGGGAAGAACUUCUACACCAAUCCACCUAAGAAGGGCAGUGGUUAUGGCUAUCCUGACAUCACCCUCUCCAAAAUGGUAUCCUAUUCCUCCGACCCCUAUGAUCGAGCCAAGGCGAUGCUAAAGCGUGAGAUCAUGGCCCACAAAUCUAUGCUGAAAGGUGGACCAUUUCGUUUAAACCUUCAUCCAAAUGAAUGCUUUGAUAGCAAUCCUUACAAAUUUGACAAACCUCAACCACCUCCAAAGAAGACUGAGGAGAAAAAGCACUUUGCCGUGCCCUUCAAACCAAGUUCACCCAGUAAAAAGACUGGAGGCAUGAAAGCAGGAGCAUUUGACUCUUACCCCACCUACUCUGCAGAACCCUAUGUCACCAAAAAGGCCAAAUCAGUGAUGACAAAUAAGGAAGGAAAGAUAUUUCACCCCUCGCCUGGCCCAAAAAGCACACCUGUCAAGAGCAUAAUCAGCCUCAAUGUUAACAAGGUUGUGAACUCAGCAAACUACAACCAAAUCCCCUCUGUGAUGGCAUAUUGAAAACUUUUGUCUUCUGGUGAAUAAAUGAAAAUGUAUAUACAGGUGCAUCUC